AUGGGUCUGCUAGAAAAGACGCUAUUUGCGGAAGGAGAGCCGUUUUCCUACGAUGGCAACAACCGGGGCAAGCGCAAACUCCGGCCGAUGGACGGGUCGAGUUUGCCGCUUGAAAACACUGACUUUUCGGCCGAAACCCUCGAUCGACUAGUUGGAAGGAACGUGGUGUCUCCUGCUUCGGACUAUUUCCAUCUUGGAGAGAGUGGUGAGGUUUCAGAAGAGGUACGCGCAAGACGGGAGCUUCGGGACCGUAGGCUUGCUGCCGAAGAGGAACGUGAGAGGGGAGCGAGAGCCGCAAGAAAGAGAGCUGAAAAGGAAACCUGGAAGGAGAUCGAGCAGAAGUACGGCGAGGGGAAGGAGCCUGUGGUUGGAGAUUUGCGGCGGCAUGUUUCGAAGGAUGAAGACGGAAAUGCAAAGGAAUAUGUCCCCUUUGAUGAACCGUCGACUUCAAUCAUUCCUCCUGAAACCAGUCAGGAUGGCAAUAAGGAUUGCAAGCCUCCGAAGGGGGCGUUUGAGAGAGAGACGCCGUCGUACAAGACUGCGUUGCCUAUUGGUGAGUACUACCGAGGAAAAGUGGGACCGUUUGAUCUAUAUGGGUACUGUACUGCAUUACCCAUACUUAACGGAAGACAGGGCUCAGGCCAUGGGACCACUGAUUGUAGUUGCCUAGUCACUAACACAGCAUCAUCAUCUACCUCAUCCAAAUCCCGCACGUCCACGUCACCACCAUCACCAACAUCUUCUUCGUCAUCCAACUCGGAUACCAAAGAAACACACCAUGGACACCAACACGACUACACAUACCACGACACGACAUCCAACGAUUCGUUCAAGGACGCUCUUGAAGAGCUGGAUGAACCCAGUGACGACGGAAGCUUCCAGGAGCCGUCGACAGCAAAAAGCACACACAAUUUGCAUUCCUGGAAAGAUGGAGAUACCGACACACUGAGAGGAGAGCAUGCUGAUAUCGGCACAGCAGAAAUCAGCACUUUGGGCAAGCCAAACCUUAGCAUGGGCCACGUGAUGGGCCGAACACACUCGCCGUCCAUAGCGUCACGUGACUCAUCUGCUUACGUGCAGGAGCCUAUCUCUAUUGUUGAAGAUAGUGCGAGUAUCGAGGAGGAAGAAAGUAUUACAACCACCCGGUCACGUGUAUCUUCCCACUCGCGUGACAAAACUGUGUCUCCCUCGCGCCCAGGGUCUCUAUCACGUGUUGCAUCACGUGACCGAACGGUUUCUCCAGGUGGAUCACGCCCCUCGUCUCCUGUUCGAUCAAAAUCCCCUCCUCUGCCUGCAUUUACAUCAGCUCGUCACAAGUCGCCACAACGAGUUCCAACACUGGAGUUGCCCGAGGGCGAUGGAGGCAAUCAGGUGACUAGACAUGAGGACGAUGCUGUGAUUAUUGACGACUCAGAGUCCUCCGUCUCAGAAUACGAGGUGGAAGCGGAUCUUCCUACGAUUGACGCAGCCAUGGACUCGUCUGAGGAGCAGCUAGAGAACGACAUUGAUCAUCUCGGGAUUGGAGACUCGUCACGACUAGACUUGCCGAUCCUGCACUCUCUAGAGUCCCAUUUGCUGCCUCAUAUUGAGGGUCAUCAUCAUCAUCAUCAUCAUGGCCAUGUUCGCAAGAAGCUGAUUCGACGACUGUCCAACAGCCGUAAAUCGUCCGAGUCGUCCUUGUCGUCGAUUGACUCACGUGACUUUUCCCGUCCCGUCCAGUUCUGCAAUGAGGUUGGAGUGCCUGAUCCCUCCUGGCAGUCCCACGACGUUUCCGAUCCAGAGGAGAUUUCAGCUCCCAUUUUGCCCCGGUUCGAGAGUCUCAAGAAAUCGACCAAGGGUAAGAAGAUUGGAGGUGGAAGAAAGGGAAGGAGGAGAGCUGCCAUUGAGGAGGAGGCCAACAAUGGAGGAGAACGCAGUGAGAAGAGGAGUGUCCUUAGCAGCAGAAGGAACAAGGGUAAGGAGGUGGAUGAUGGAUACGAGUCGACUGCGACAGGUAAGUCUAGAAGACCGUCUGUGGCUACUAAUGCGACUCUGUCUCCUUCUUUUGGAGCAGUUUCUGAUUUUUCGGAUAUGGACUCGGAUGUUGAAGGUAUUUGUGGUUUGGAGAGCGGAAUGGCAAGCAGGAACAGAUCGUCUGUUAGUGUCAACAGCAAACACGCUAGCCUUCUUAGUAAAGCUAGUGCAAAGUCGAAGGCUGCUAGUUUCAAAUCUACCACCGGCAACCCCUCUACUGGUAAACCAGCAUACGUGUCAAAGAUCAUUUCGGAAGAGGAAUACAUCAACGACUACUAUCGGAAAAACUACGGCCACGAUGCUCCAAAGGUGGAGGAGCCUGUUGCUGAAGAAACAGGUUUGCACCACGUCAAGUCGACCAAGUCUAUUAAAAUCGACGAGCCAGAGUCCGUGAUUGAGAAACGUCAGUCCCAGGUCGAUCCUCUUUACAGACCUAAACCUCUUCCGGAGCCUAGAAAGUCUGGCGAGAGCUCCAGAAGUGUGAAAUCGAACAAGUCCGGAAAAUCAGGUCUGCCCCACAUUUCUCGAGGAGUGGCUAUGAUGAUGACAGGUUUGAGUCCCACGAACUCCACUCCUGCAUCGAUGAGAGACAGCAUCAGCCCGGAGGGGUCGGAAGGCUGGCGGUCACGUGAGUCGCUGGUAUCGAGGUCGAGAGCCGCAUCACUGGCACCAUCCAUCAAUCGCGAUUCAUGGUCACGUGCGCCGUCAACGAACCGUGGGUCUGUAUCGCGUGCACCAUCGCUGUCACGUGAUGACUCGCGAACACAAUCGUUUAUGUCACGUGACCAUCCACAUCUGUCCCGGCUCAGGUCUUCCUUUCGGCACUCCUCGGAUGAUUCUUCAGCCUACCCUGCUUCCAUGGACUUGAAUCUCCCUCAAGGGCGCACAAUUUCGAACCCCGAUAUCAGCAUCCAUCACCCACUCUUCCACCAGCAACAGCGGCAGCAUGAGCUUGAAGAUCAUGAAGGCGGCUGGUCAGCUACCUGGAGAAGUUGUUUUCGAGGAGUCUGUGUUCCGUGGAAUGUUAAGAGAUGGCACACGGAAGCAGACUGGAAUUCCACAUGGGGUAUCUCGUGGCCCUGGUCUAGCAAAAAGUGUGCUCCUAAAGACAAUGAGCUGGGAGGCGAUCUUCACCGAGACAGCACCUCUUUACCUUGUAUUCGGGUGCGUGGAGAUCCUGGUCCACGAAGUACGAACCUUGAAACCAUGGACCAUGCCACUCUCAACACUUCUGCCUGUGAUGUGGCGGCUGUUCAUUCUCUGGCUUCUCGUCUGGGAGAUCCUGCUGACUCAUUGUACGAUCUGGCAGACGAAGAAGCCGACAUGUUUGAUCAAGGUCAGUAUUGGGGUGUUUCCGGCGAUAACCCUGAAGUUAGACCUCUCUCCGAAGCUGCUAGUCAAAAGGGUUAUGUUCUGGACGUGAUUUACGAGAACCAGAGAGGAAUGUUUGUCUUUGGACACCCUUUCUUCUCCUCCAACUCGCUGCUCAACUUUGACAGAAAGCCCUGGACCACUCUGGACAACAAGGCUGCUCCUGGCGAUCCCCAGAGCUACCCCCUGCCGAACACAAACUGGCAGUGGGCGUGGAAGUACUGGUACAUUGAUAUGAGUGGUGACGUGGACGACCACGGAUGGUCGUAUUCGUGGUUUUUCCGAUCGAGGAGAUGGCACGGCAGUCAUGUGUGGUUCCAUUCAUGGGUCAGACGAAGACGGUGGAUUCGGGUGCGUAAAACUCGUGAAUUCAACAAGUCCGAGGCGAUCACUGGUCGACUUGAACGACCCAUCAGGAUCCACGAUUCACUGCUGGAGGCUAAACAGAGAGGGGAUGCCAAUAGAGCUGCUCACAAGGCGUCUUCGGGUGCUGUGGUGACCAAUUCUGCGGCCCACGACUUUAUGCACGCCAAGUACUCUGUGCUGGUCGAGUCUGCAGCUUCAGCAGCUACCUGGGGCGACUUCUGGGAGGUUUUCACAGCCUGUCGUCUUGACCGAGAGCGUACUGCGGUGAUAAUCACGUGUAUUCGAAACCCCGUGAACACGGGUGCUUUGACAAGGCUCGCCCAGAACCCCAACGAGGCUAUUGACCAGUACCAGUUUUCCGAAAACAUUGACAAGCUAUGUGCUCGAGUUGGACAGCUGGUGAACGAUGUGGAGAUGACCCAGGGUACAGACAUGUCCAAGAAGGUGUAUGAGAUUGAGACCGGUAAGGAGAAGGAAGGACACAAGCCUGUGGAGCCAGGAGAGCAUCUGGAGCUGCUCCAGGAGUUUCUUGAUGGCAUUAGGGAGCAUGUUGCUGGAGCAGCAGGUUUCUAUUCCAGGUUGGAGCAGGCGGAGCUGGAGAUGCCCCAGACCGCCAGUAGUGAAGGUAGUGAGCCGAAGACGGCUAAGAAGGGGACGAUUGAUGAGAGAAUUGGGUGA